AUUACCUGAGAGUGAAUAUUAUUCCAACUAUCUCAUUUACUGUAUCGAUCUAUAAGAGAGAUAAAUGAGAUAUGGGAAAUGGGCAUGCCAUACGUAUAAAUGACAUAUCUAGCUGGUUAAUUUGACGAUCACCCGAAAUGUUGUUAAGAUUAAGUCUGCUUCUUGUUUGUUUUGCGUUGGCAACUGAACCGUACAACUCAGCUCAUCUGAAAACCCACAUCGGCCAUUGGGCAGAGAAUGCUCUAUCGGAACUUAAAACUGAAGUGCGAGGAGCAGCCGCCAGACUGCAGGAGCUGGUGGAAAGGAUCAACAGCCCUCAGGUGAGGAACGUGGCCGAACUGUACGAGCGGAACAGGAAUCUCUUGGACCUGUGCAAGGGAACAGCGGACUUGGACCUCGGAGGAGCAGGCAGCUGCAUCAAUAUUACUGGAGACAUAGCCAACAUCACUGCCCUCUUCUUCUAUGGCUACCAGCUUGGCUACGACUUGAGCGUUGCCGUCAUCCGCAUCGUGACCGAGCUUAACUCCUGCUCCACCAAGCCUAUUUGGAAAAAGUGGUGUUGUUACAAAAAACGCCAUCCAAGACAUCCAAAACACAAUUAAAGUGUAUUCACUGGAAUGUUCACAGUUCGUACAGAACGCAACGAAUGUCAUCCAACACAUUGAGAUUGACAUUUCCAAGUGUUUUUCAUUCACGGAGAGCAUUUCUGGAGAGUUGUUUGAAAAGAGGAUUGAACUAUGUAAGCUGGAGUUUGAUUAGUCGUUUUUUUUUGUAAACAUUGUGGGAUUGAGAAUAUAACAUUUGCAAGAUUUCUUCUACAAAAGACUCAUUUUAAGCUAAUGUACACACUGUUUACCAUGUGAACAUCUUAAAUAAACGUGAAAUACCAUUUGUCUUAAAUAAAUACUUUCAAAUUAAAA